AUGCGCGGCUCCCUGGCCGCUCCCCCACGGCCGUUUGGCUUCCUGGGCCCGCCCACCCGCACGGGAGGCUCCGCCCCUCCGGCCGCGGUCGCAGUGCCACGCCGGCGGAACGCGAUGGGCCGCGGGCUGAGCUUGCUCCUCGCGGCGCUGGCCCUGCUGGCGGCGCCGGCGCGGGCCGAGGAGGAGGUGAAGAUAGAGGUGCUGCACCUCCCCGACAGCUGCAGCCCCAAGAGCAAGAAGGGGGACCUGCUGAACGCGCACUACGACGGCUUCCUGGCCAGCAACGGCUCCAAGUUCUACUGCAGUCGGACGCAAAAUGAUGGUCAUCCAAAAUGGUUCGUUCUGGGUGUUGGACAAGUCAUAAAGGGGUUGGAUAUUGCUAUGAUGAAUAUGUGUCCUGGAGAAAAACGGAAAGUGGUCAUCCCUCCAUCAUUAGCAUAUGGACAACAAGGAUAUGCACAGGGCAAGAUUCCACCAAAUGCAACACUUAUCUUUGAGAUUGAACUUUAUGCAGUAAAUAAGGGACCUCGCAGUGUUGAAGCAUUUCAUCAAAUAGAUAAGGACAGCGACAAGAAGCUCUCUGAACACGAGAUAAGCCAAUAUUUGAAAGAAGAAUUUGCAAGAGAUGGCAAAAAACGUCAUCCCUCAGUCCAUGAUGAAAUUUUAGCUGAUAUAUUUAAGAAGAAUGACCAUGAUGGAGAUGGCUUCAUUUCAGCUAAGGAGUACAAUGUCUAUCAGCAUGAUGAACUCUAGCUACCUGUAAAAUCUUUGGCUGUUUUAUGGACAAAAAAUUAUAAAAAAUCCAAAGUAAUACUUUGUUACAGAAUAUUUUGCUGUUUGUUUGUUUUUUAUAGUGACAUCUUUUUUAUUUCUAAGGUGACUGUAAAAUACUACUUUUAACAUUUAGCUAAUAACAUGUUUUAGAUGUUACAAAAUAAAUAAAAUUGGAAAACAUCA